AUGAUGGUGGGAGGGGGCGAGGGGAGGGCGACUUGGGUCAAUGACAGGGCGGGGUGGGAAGAGGGGCGCGCGAGUUGGGACGAGGGGAGGGCCAGGUGGGGCGCAGGGGAGCGCGAAGGGAGCGCGAGGUGGGCCUCACUGGCUGGGGGCUCAGCCGCCGCGCUGCCAGCCACCUGCCAGCAUGGCAGCGCCAGGUGUGGGAAGAGUGACGUGGAGAGGUGGGGUAUCAUGCAUACGACCGCCGUGCCCCAUCCCCCGGGGCGCGUCAGUGGGGGCGGCCAUGUCUCCCCGCAACGCUCUGCUGCUGCCCGCCGCACCCGCCGCUGCUGUCAGGUAGCACCCGCCUUAGUCGCUCCCUCCGUCCACCACAGUCCACCUCACGUGAUCUGCCCAUCUGCCGCGUUCCUGCUGGGCUGCCCGCUCAAAGGGGUGAGAGCAGGGGCGGUGGGGGGUGGCAUUCUGGUGCGAGUGCAGACGGUCGCUUGCUCUCACAUGCUGCUGCUCUCCCUUGCCCCUCCUCCCCCGCCCCCUCCUGCUGAAGCUGUUGCUGCUGCUGUUAUCCCUCUUAUUCCUCCUCCCACUGCCCCAUGCCCCGCCAGCACCCCAUGCCUCGCCAGCACCCCAUGCCCCGCCAGCACCCCAUGCCCCGCCAGCACCCCAUGCCCCGCCAGCACCCCAUGCCUCGCCAGCACCCCAUGCCCCGCCAGCACCCCAUGCCCCGCCAGCACCCCAUGA